AUGAGAAAACUGUUUUUGUUUUUAUUUUUUACAUUUACAUAUUUUUUUUUAUUCAAGGUGAGAAAAUGUAAAGCGAACUAUAAAAAUGGAAACAUUGCAUAUAAUCCUAAUUAUAAUACAGAUUUAUCAUCUAUUAAUAGCAUAAAUGAAAAAGUUGAAACACAGAAGGGAAAAAAAAAAAAUUUAACUAAGACUAUUUUAAAAGGUAUAGGAAUUUUUUUUAUGUUAGCAACAUCUAUAAACUUAAUUUUACAGAAUGCUGUGCUUAAUGAAGAAUUAUCAAAUCAUAAAAGAAGAGAGAUAGAUUUAACUGCUCGUUUAAUGAAUGCAGAACGAGAUGUGUUAACAUCUAAAAUCGAAUAUAGCAGAAAAGUUGAAGAAAUGCAAAAUGUAAUUAAUCAUAUGAUUGUUCACACUUUUAAUAAUAAGUAA